AUGUCCGAACCUACCCCCGCUGGAGCUGCCCUGAGCAAUGGCUCCGAGAGCACCAGCACACCAAAUGUCAAUACUGGAGACAACGCGUCAGGGCUCUUUGAAACGCUGCAAGGCCAUGUCGACGAUAUCCGUUCUCUCCUACAAUGCGGCGUUUGCAUCCGACCACUUUAUGAACCCUACACCCUUGCCUGCGGACAUACCUUUUGUUAUAGUUGUUUAACAUCAUGGUUUGUCGGUGGGAGGCACAACAAGACAUGCCCGGACUGUCGAGCACCGGUGAAAGCGCAACCUGCUCCCGCAUACUUGGUCCGCGCUGUUGUUCAAAUGUUCACAAGUCGCCCGGAGCUGCUUGAUAAGGGCGAGACCACAGUUGAACACCUACAUCAUCAACGCGAGGAAGCGGAACGACUGGAAAACGACAAAACAAAUACACACCCGCGGGAGGGGGGACUGUUCCGUGGUACGUUCAACAAGAAGAUUCCAGUCGCGCAACCUAUCGUGGACCUCGAGGACAAUGUUGUGCGUUGUCCACGUUGUUCGUGGGAGCUAGAGGAAGAUGAAGGGUGUGCACAGUGCGGAUAUCGACAAGAUGACGAGUCUGUGACUGGCAGUUCGGGCUGGAGUGAGUCAGACGAAAAUUCCGAAAUGACGGACUACUUGGACGACGAUGAUGAGAUUGAAGAUGGAUUUGGAGACGCGGACGAAUAUGGUUGGGACCCCAACCAUGACCACUUGCCCCUUGAUAUACAACCUGCCGACAUAGAUCAACUUUAUCGUCAAUGGUAUGGCCUAGCUCCUGGCGACCUCCCGGGUAUGCGUGCAAAUGGGCCUUUCCGCCGGCAGAACCAUUAUGACUGGCCUUCUGGAAUUUCGUCAGCUCUCGAGGAAGAUAGCGACAUGGAUGAGGAGGAUGAGGAUGCGGACAUGGAUUCGUUCAUCGACGAUGACUUGGAACACGAUGAUUAUUCUGAAUCUGACCGAUCCACGGUAGUUGGGCGGCAUGAGAUCUCGAUCACCCACACUAUCGGAACUGACCUGUCAACCUUUGAUGAGAUGUCUGAGGAAAGCCAGGACGAGGAGAGCCUGGAUGAUGAAAGUCAUGAUGACGACGACGAUGAUGAUGACGACGAUGAGGAUCCGAUUCUGCCACCUGCAGGUGGCAUGCGGCGCAAUCGCAUCCAAACCUACCGAAUACAGUCGAGUUCUCCAUCUUGCGAGAAUGGGACUUCUGGUACAGUCUCAGGACGCAGUGAAUCCAGAUCCCAAGCAGGAUCCCGCAAUGAUCGACGGCUCCCACAGCAAGUGUCCGCCGGGUCUACUGUUAUGGAUGCAAUCAGCGUGGAUGACGAUUCUGACGAAGGCCCCGUGCGACCAACUAGGCGGACAAGAGACAGGGGCCAUCGCCGCCCCUCUGCCUACUAA